AUGACGAUCAUGCUGUGGGCGGUUAUUGUCUGCCUCGUUGUGUUACCGAUCGCGACGACCGACACGAGUGCCACCGAGAUGACGACGACGACGAGCAGAAAGCACAACAAGAAGAAGAAGAAGCUGAAGCUGAACAAGUACGUCUUCCCGCUGAUCGUCGGCUUUCUGCUGAUCAAGUCGGUGCUGCUGCCGCUGGCCCUCAAAGCCCUGGCGAUACUCAGCGGCAAGGCCGUCGUACUCAGCCUCAUGAGCCUCAUCCUCGCGGCCAUCAUCGGCCUGCGCAGCAUCGUCGGCGGCGGCGGUGGCAACGUACCCUUCCAGAGCAAGGUCGACCUGGUCAAUCUGCCGCUGACCAAGUACAAGAGAAAAGACCUGCUGGACUACGGCGACCCGACCGUCGAGGAGGAAACGCCCUAUAGGUACUAUUCAGAUCGGCACAGAAGGAGAAGAAACUGGAAGUUGAUCAAAUUGGGACCGAAUCUUUUGCAAUGGUUGGCCAGUACAUACUGUCUUAAGGACGUUGGGGACGCAACCGAGUUCAAAUCAGCAACUAUAAAGAAACAGCUGAGGAAGAAAACUGAGGAAGGUAGAUACUUGAUUUGA